AUGGAUACCUACCUCCUCCCUGGUCGCCUUUGUACCAUUCAAAUCCGUUAUCUUCAAGGAAACAACCACUGGAGAACAAUUCUCCACAGAGCAUUAGACUGCGGGGUACUCCAAGAAUGUACCGAGGGUAGAGCUGGUCUAUCCGAAACGUUUGACUGCAUUCCCAACAUUGCGCCGGAUAGAAGUCCAACGGAGAGCCGUGGUGUACACUACCCUUGCAGUAAUAUCAAAUUACCAAAGGUAAACCCAUCCAGCGCCCAAAAUAUUACGGAGCUAAGAAUACUGAGUGUACUAGAUCGAUUUUAAGGAUGACAUCUCCGCAAAAUAACCAUAUUCUGCAGGGCGCCGCCGCCGUAUUGGCAAUUGCAGCCAUCGUCAUAUACACGAAGGAAACUCUUUCUAGGGACCCAGCACCUACCCUCGGGCCAGCCAUCAUCGCCGGAUAUGCAGACAAAUUUUGUGGCAUCAAUGACAUUCAAGUAUCCCGGCUGCCUCUCAAGAAAAAUGGAACCAGCUCCUGGUCUACCAUAAUGAGCGUCAUUCACCUAAGUCCAUCUUUGAAGCACUCGUCGAAAGUCCAACCUGUCUCUCUUAAACCAUUGAUACUCCACGAAGGGAAACUUUGUGUACAGAUCUCCCGCGCAACAUUGAUGUCCCUCUUCGCACCGACUAAUGCUCGCCCUGUUUUCAGCUACUCAUCCGCAGCUGGUUAUCUGUCCGCCUAUCCCUCUUAUGGUGGGCAAUGGAGAAUCUCCUGGCCGAUAGGAAAGCCAUGCAUUGUCUCUCUCGCGCCUCAUGAUAGUCACAAGGUUGAGACAGAUAUUUAUCCAGCCAGCUUUCCUGUCCGUGUAGAUAAGUGUAUCGAAACGCUUUGUGGGAUUAUCUCGGAUGGCAAAUCGUGGAAGCUCGCAUUUCCGGGUCGAGCCAAAGGGACGGGACCUUACAUUUUACAGGAACGUAAGAAGGGCUUUCCAGGUGCUCAUGGGAGUCGCCAUCUGUACAAUAUGAUGGGGGGAAAAGUCUUUGAGGUGGACUUGUUGGUUUUGUUACCCAGUAAUGCCAAGCAAGAUGGUCGCAAGCUCGAAGUGCCUUGUUUGGAUCCGGAUAAUAAGCUAGCUACAGUCUACCUUUCGGCAAAUUUGGAGGAGCUGUUAGCAAGGGCUUUGGAUUGUCUACCUUGGUCUCAACUCUCCUGGUCCAUGCACAGAGGGUUGAGAGACAUUCUCCUUGCCUAUGGUACCCCCGUUAUGGAUCAUUACCGAGUUAAGCUUGGAGCAAUGCUGAAAGACAUAAGCAAAUUCGAGAGCAUUUUAGUUACCAUGGGAUGGGAAGUCAACUUUGUCCAUGACUCUAUGGGUGAGAUGGCUCAAUCGUCGAUUAUCUCAGGGGGUGGCAAUAGUGGAGACCUGGUUCGAGUUGUUGUUGCUAUUGUGGAGGCUUGGCUAGAGACGUCUGAGGGCUUCGUCGUUGAUAAAGACGAGACGUUCUUCUGGAGACGACGGGAAUCGAUGGGUGAAGUUGAGACUGAGUUAAGUCCAGAGUUAGUGGUCGCUUUGACGAAGUUCUUUGUCUUGGAGUGGUCGCAGGAGCUGGAUUAUCAACUCUAUCAUCAACUGCCUACCGAGAUAUUCGUGGGGUAA